AUGGAGAAGAUCUCAGCCGAGUAUCCAGCCGCCAUCGUCCGCGAGGGCGGCCUGGCUGCACUGCUCAACUUCCUUCCCUUCUUCUCCACCAAUGUUCAGCGUACCGCUGUCACGACGGCCGCCAACUGUUGUCGCAACAUCUCUGGAGAGCACUUUGCCAUGAUUCGCGACGUCUUCCCCAUCCUGAGGGAGGUCCUCACGCAGACCGAUCAGCGUCUCGUGGAGCAAGCCACUUUGGCUGUUUUGCGCACGCUGGAGUCUUACCGCCACAAUGCUGAGCACCUCGAAGGUCUGCUCGACCUGCCCACAGUUGUGGCAAUCAACGCCCUCUUGAUGCCUGCUGGUGGCUCGCCGAUCAUCUCCGACUCCACCUACACUCAUCUCUUGAAGGCUCUGACCUCGGCCGCUCGCGCUUCUGCCAAGGUAACCAUCGCUCUCCUCGAAGCCGGCAUGACGGAUACCGUGCACUACAUCCUCACCGGUGUCCUUCCGGCCGCCAACGAGCAGGAGGAGCAAGGAGACGCUCCUGGUGGCCAGGGUCUCGGUGGUGGUGUCGCGGAUAUGGCUGUUAUGCAGAACCUCGCUCAUCGGCCCAAGGAUCAGAUCGAGGAGGCCCUCGGACUGGUUUGUGAGCUGCUGCCGCCCCUCCCCCGUGACGGCGUCUUCGACCACCGCGCCUAUUCCGAGAAGAGCCUCGCCAAGCUCCAACGGCGUUCCCGCCCGUCUUCAUCCCGUCGGUCAAGCAGCCGCGCCGAGGGUGGAUCAGGCAGCCCGGGCGAGCCGGCCGAGGCAUCUUCUGUGCCUGUCCUGGGCUCAUACCCUCCUGGAAAGUCCAGGCGAGAUGUUGAGGCUCUUAACGAGCAGCGCUUGACCCUCCUCAAGUCCCAGCCCGAGCUGGUGUCAAAGUUCAUGCGUUGUCUAAUGCCCGUCUUGGUCGACGUCUACGCUGCGUCCGUUUCGCUCCGUGUGCGCACAAAGGCUCUGACUGGCUUGACCAAGGCUACAGCAUUUGCCGAGCCAGGCGAUCUGAAGCAGACGCUUACCAACGUCCCCAUGUCGAGCUUCCUGGGUUCGAUCAUCUCGUCCAAGGACAACCCGACAUUCGUCCUUCACGCUCUGCAGCUGGUCGAGCUCUUGGCAGGCAAGCUCCCGGACGUCUACCUCACCUCGUUCCAUCGCGAGGGCGUCGUGUUCGAAAUCGAGUCGCUGGCUGAAGCCGACCUGAGCACGAAGGUGAAGGAGGAGCGCGAGGAGGCCAAGGCCAAGGAGGAGGCGAAGGAAGGCAACCUCGAGGACAGCCCAACUACGCCCAGGGCGGGCCAGGCGCAAGAGUCUCCGACCAAGUCUAAUGUCGGCGAGUUAUCGGGCGUUUUAGCCAACUUGAUCAGCAGCCAAACCUCGGCUUCCCAUCGCAUCCGCUCUUCUUCCGUGGUGGACCCCAACGACGCCAACAUUUUGCGCGCUCGCGUUAUCGGCGCGAAGCGCAUCUUUGCCGUCGAUGACACCCAGCAGAACGAGGCGUCGUUGGUCCUGGAGGAGCUGACCAAGCUGGUCGAGCGGCUGUGCCAUCCUGAGGCUACCGAGCCGGAACUCCGAGACACUCUUAGGGAGAUUGCAGCUCAGUUCUCCAAUGUCGGGCAGGCGCUCUCUUCAUUCGAGCUGCUGAAGAGCGGCCUUGUUGAUGGCCUCCUCGAGUAUGUCGACAUUGAUGGCACCGUGCCGUCCUCGGCCCGUCGCGACAUUCUCUUCGAGAUCUUCUCCGACACUGCUGUGGCCUCGCCUUCCCCGCUGGUCAUGCUUGUGAAGCGACUGCACGAGUCCCUCGGCCGACUGGAGAACCUCGAGGUUGAGACCGCUUUCAACGGAAUGGGCACUGGAAGCUCGUCGCUUGCUCGAUCUAUGCGUAUCCGCCUCCAGGCCGAGGAAGGCGAGGAUAUCCCGAAGCAAAUGAGCGCGCUGAGUGUCACCAUUCAGGCCAUCGCUCCUGUUCAGGCCCUCCACGACUACCUGCGUCCGAGGGUCGCGGACCCCAACUAUCUCAGCGGCAACUCGGCCCUUCAGAACAUGUUUGCUGCUUACGCCGCUAGUAGGGGCGGAGGCGGCGGAUCCACGUCUAGGCUGCUUGCUGCCCUGGCCGCUGGUUCACGGGGCGUGGGUGCUCCUCCGGGGACGCGAGACGAGCCGUCUUCCAGCACUCAGCCGCCGCAGUCACAGCAGCAACAGUCGUCCGAGAGCAAGGAGACGAAGGAGGAUGCCAAGCCCCAACGCCGUCGCAGCGCCCGCCUGAGUGGCUUGCCACCUGACGCCGAAAGCACUGCGGCUGACGCCGGCACUGGGGAAGCCGCCGCUGGUCCUUCCUCAGGUGCCGCCGCUUCCUCUGAGCCCGCUGUCCUCCCUCAGAUGCCCGUGAGCAUGGACUUUGACGACGACUAUUCUGAAGACGAGUACGACGCCGAGGUCUUUGAGGAAGACAUGGAGGAAGAGCUCGAGCGGCCAACUGAAAAGGUCGUCAACAUGUCUAUGGCCCCGGACGGCUCUCGCGUCGAGGCUCAAACGCCCGAUGGCACUCGUAUUGCUACGCCCAACCAGGCUGCGUCCUCCAGCGCCAACGCGGGUUCAAGCAGCACGCCUUCGCGCAGCUCUUACGCCGGGGCCGUUAAGACCGCUCCCGUCGACUGGCACCUCGAGUUUUCGAUCAACGGCCAAGUUCUCUCUUUAGAGGACACUGUCUACGGUGCCGUUCACAAGUAUGCCAAGUCUUCAUCAUCUCCCCUGAGCGCUUUCAACGUCCCGGUCACCUUCAAGUUCCGCAAGGUCGAGGGACCCGCUUCGGCCAAGGCGCCGGUGGACGCUCCAUCGCCGGCGUCCAUCUCUAGUACCCUGCCUCCCGUUCUCGACCCGGCGGCUCCCGUGUCGAAGAUUCUGCGCCUUCUUCGCGUUGUCCACACGUUGUGCGUCGAGGGACGGGACACCUUGAUGCGCGUCGACGUGCCGGACGAGUCUCUCUUUGUCAACAACAAGUUGACUGCAAAGCUCGUCCGACAGCUGGAGGAGACGAUGAUUCUGGCGAGCAACUGUCUCCCUGAAUGGGCAGUCGAGCUUCCAAAGCACUUCUCCUUCUUAUUCCCCUUCGAGACUCGCUACUCCUUCCUUCGCUCUACGUCGUUCGGGUACGGUCGCCUGAUUGCCCACUGGCAGGCGUCCCAACCCCGCAGCAACAGCAACAGUCGUCGUGACGACAAUCUCGCGCAUCUCGGCCGCCUUGUGCGCCAAAAGGUGCGAAUCUCCCGUGCGCAGCUGCUUGAGUCGUGCGUAAAGGUCCUCGAGCUGUACGGAACGUCAAACGGCAUCCUUGAAGUCGAGUACUUUGACGAGAUCGGAACCGGCCUUGGACCCACCCUCGAGUUUUAUUCCCUCGCCUCGAAGGAGUUUUCUCGUCGUUCGCUGCACAUGUGGCGCGACGAAGACACUUCCAAGGAAGGUCCCUACGUCUUUGCGCCCAACGGGCUCUUCCCAGCGCCGACCUCGGAGAAGAUUAAGAAUGCUCCUAGCUCCAAGCACUCGUACUUCAAGACACUGGGCCUGUUCAUUGGUCGCGCUCUGCUCGACUCGCGCAUCAUCGACGUCAACUUGAACAAGGUCUUCCUGAAGCUGCUCCUUGGCAAGCCCGUUCGCAAGAACAUUGCUACCUUGAAGCAGGUCGACGAGACCUUGGCUCGUUCUCUCGAGCGCCUCCAGACGUACCUUCAGGCUCGCCAGGAGAUCGAGUGCCUCACGGCGCUUCCGGCUUCGUCUCGCAGGAACAAGCUUUCCGCGCUGACCAUCGGGGGAGCCAAACUUCAAGACCUGUCGCUGGACUUUACUCUUCCUGGGUACGACAUUGAGCUCAAGCCGGGUGGUCGCAUGAUUGACGUGGAUGACUCCAAUCUCGAAGAGUACCUCGAGCUCGUUCUCGACAAGACCCUCGGUUCCGGCAUUGCUGAGCAGGUCAAGGAGCUCCAAGUCGGGUUCUCCAUGAUCUUCCCCAUCAACGACCUCGGCAUCUUCUCGCCCGAGGAGCUUGCUCUUCUUUGCGGCAACACGGAUGAGGACUGGUCAAAGGAGACUCUGGAGCAGACCAUCAAGGCUGACCACGGCUACAACGCUGACAGCCGAUCGAUUCGCAACCUCAUCGAGAUUCUGUCUGCGUUUGACAGCUCUGAGCGCCGCGAGUUCCUCCAGUUCAUGACCGGCUCUCCAAAGCUGCCCAUUGGAGGCUGGCGCUCGCUCAACCCUCCGUUCACUGUUGUGCGCAAGCCGCACGAGCCGCCCAUCAAGGCGGACUCGAUGCUGCCUUCCGUCAUGACGUGUGCCCAGUACCUCAAGCUUCCUGACUACUCGUCAAAGGAGGUCCUCGCCACGCAGCUCUGGCGCGCCAUCCGCGACGGCAGCGGGUCGUUCCACCUCUCAUAG